AUGGGAUAUCUGUCGCGACGAUUUCUACCGCGACAACAGGUUCCAGCUGGAAACCAAGAUAAUACCAAAGCUUUUUCAUACGGCAUCAAACUUCUCUACAGCCCAGAUGAUGGGAAUAUCGACAUCAUCUUCAUCCACGGCCUUGGGGGUGACCGCGAUGCGACCUGGACUGCCCGUGAUGCGACCGAUCCCUGGCCCAAAACACUCCUGCCACCUAUAAUUCCGACAGCCCGCAUCUUUACAUUCGGAUACGCCGCAAAUGUUGCCAACUGGAAAGGAGUUGUGUCGCAGAAUCGUAUCGCCAACCACGCCAUGAAUCUACUAACAGCUCUCUCGACGUAUCGCGAGAACGACGGCACGAAUGAACGACCGAUCAUAUUUGUGUGCCAUGGCUUAGGAGGACUGGCCUUACUCGCAUCGAACCAACGACCGGAGCCACACCUCCGCAAGAUCCUCCAUUAUACCCGCGGUAUUGUCUUUCUCGGUACACCGCACCAUGGAGCUGGUCUCGCCCAAUGGGCCGAGGCCUUGUCUCAAUCCAUCGGUCUCGUCAAAAGGACGAAUUCCAAAAUAGUCGGUGCCCUCAAACGCGAUUCGGAGGUGCUUGCACGGAUUCAAGACGGCUUUCACACGAUGGUCAAGUCGCGAAACACACGAAGCCUGCCGCCUAUUGAAAUCACAUGCUUCUACGAGGAGUUGCCAUUACCGAGUGUUGGUUUAGUCGUGCCACAGGAUUCAGCGAUCCUGCCAGGGUAUAUCUCCAUCGGAAUCCACGGCAACCAUAUGGAUAUGACCAAGUUCGCCGGUCCGACCGACCCUGGAUUCUUAGCUGUUUGUGGAGAGAUGAGACGGUGGAUUAAAAACGCAAAUACAGGUAACAAAUAUCACGCGAAUCAACCACCGGCCAACUCAGCUCUGAAAAGGCACCCCGGCUCUGCCAGCCAGUACGGCAGUAACCAUCGGCAGUACAAUAGCUUCGGGGACACGCAGAAAACCGUGGGCGGUUCUUAUUAUGAGAUCAGCGGGGAUCAGCAUAUCGGUACCGACCCCUGGAAAGAGUCUAUGGAGGCAAACGCGGCGAUCCCCUUCCCACGAAACGAUGAUAUUGUCGACCGCACCGCUAUCGUCGCGGAGCUCAACGUCCUUUUCCAGUCCUCUAAAUUCCACAGCGCUGCCCUCUGGGGCCUCGGGGGAUCAGGGAAAACGCAGGUAGCACUAGAAUUCGCCUGGCUUCAAAGCGAGGACGGCAACUGCUCCGUCUUUUGGGUCCACGCCGAUACCCAGGCGACAUUCGUACAGGACUACAAGGCUAUCGCUGGGAAGCUGGGCCUGCCAGACGACCUCACGGGCGAAAAGCUACUCACGGCAGUGCGCGACCGUAUCGAGAGCCUUCCACGGUGGCUGCUGGUUCUCGAUAAUGCCGAUGACCUAACAGUCUUUGGGAACGGGAAGGUGCUAUGGACGAGCCGCGACAAUCGGAUCGUUGGUACCCUCGUCAGCGCGCGACGUGGUAUCCAGGUUGGUCGUAUGAGUACUGAUGAGGCGUUCUGUCUCCUUGCGAAGGUGAAGAAUAGUGAAGACGAGAUUAGCAAUGGGGAGGAGAGCGAUGCAAGGAAACUGGUCGAAGAACUCCAAUGGCUACCGCUAGCUAUCUCGCAGGCCAGUGCAUAUAUGAGGCAAACAUCAAUGCCAAUACAGCAAUACCUAUCUCGCCUAUUAACAGGACAAGAGCGAUGGCGAGUCCUCAGAGCUGAACAGUUCGAUCGGCACCGGCGGCCUGGUGUUCCGAACAGUGUUUUAGAGACUUGGAGCAUAUCCGUCGAGCGCAUCCGGCAAGAGAACGAAAUGGCCUAUAAGAUCCUCCAGGUCAUUGCGUACGUCAACAACAAAAACAUUCCGAUUGAGAUUAUGGCGGCAGUGGACACCCUGGGCAAUGAGUGUCAGGAGCGGAGCUCAUUUGAGACCCAAGACCAGGUGAUGAAAGCUAUUACGCGGCUAAGGGAAUUCUCAUUCCUUGGCGUACGUGAGGAAAAAGGGCUAGGACAGCAGUACGAGAUACAUAAGCUUGUGCAAGAGGCUACGCGGUACGGACUCCGUGUGAGGAGUACAGAAGAUGCAGCAUACUUCUCGGAUGCAGCGCUACAGAUUGUGACAAAGCUCUUUCCAAAGUCCGAGCGAGAGACGUGGCGAGAAUGCGAGAAGUACGUUACCCAUGCGGUAGAGGUGGGCAAGUGGGCGGAGGUUUGCGAGAGGGGUAAAGAGGUAUCAUACCUGUUGGCCCGAGUUUCGCUCUAUUUCUACCAUCGUGGUAGGUGGAUGGAUCAGCAGCUCGUCGAUGAGAGGAUAUACGAACUGCGGCAGCAACAGCUCGGCGAGAAACACCCCGACAGUAUCCGGAGUUUAGCAAACCUCGCGGCCACCUAUAGCACACAGGGCCAGUAUAGUGAGGCUGAACGGAUAGCGCUGAAGGCCUUGGAACUACGGCGGCAGGUGCUCGGCAAGAAACAUCCCGAUACGAUCUUGAGUUUAGCGAACCUGGCGGCCAUCUACAGCAUACAGGGCCGGUUUAGUGAGGCUGAGCCGAUAUACUUGAAGGCUUUAGAGCUGCGGUGGCAGGUGCUCGGCAAGAAACAUCCCGACACGGUCCGGAGUUUAGCAAACAUAGCCGCCACCUACAGCUCACAGGGCCGGUAUAGUGAGGCUGAACCGAUAGCGGCGAAGGCCUUUGAGCUACUGCAGCAGGUGCUCGGCGAGAAACAUCCCGAUACGAUCUUGAGUUUAGCAAACCUGGCGGCCAUCUACAGCAUACAGGGCCGAUUUAGUGAGGCUGAGCCGAUAGACUUGAAGGCUUUGGAGCUGCGGCGGCAGGUGCUCGGCGAGAAACAUCCCGACACGGUCCGGAGUUUAGCAAACAUUGCGGCCACCUACCACUCACAGUGCCGGUAUAGCGAGGCUGAGCCGAUAGACGUGAAAGUUUUAGAGCUGCGGCGGCAGGUGCUCGGCGAGAAACAUCCCGACACGAUCCAGAGUUUAGUAGACCUCGCGGCCACUUACCGGAGACUGGGCCGGCAUAGGGAGGCUGAGGCGUUAGAGGUCAAGGCCUCUGAGCUACAGGAGCAGCUGGUUGAUAAGAACCCCGAUACAAUUUGGAGUACAUUUGCCACAGACCGCGUGGCAUGUGAUGCUCAAACGCCCGGAAUUUGA